AUGAGUUUCAAAAGAGCUCGCACGCUCGAGCAGAUUGGUGGUGCCUUCACUGUAGGUGCCGAGCAGGAGCCAGAAGAUGCUGGGUAUCGUGAGGCGGCUGGGAAACGGUUUAAACAAUAUCUUCUAGAGAGGUACAGUGCAGGAAAAACUACCGCUGCCGAUACCUGCAUUUUGGCCUAUCUUCACAAUGAGUCUGGAGGCAAAGGCACAGAGGACAUUGGCUUGCCACCAGAGAACGCAUCGCGACACGCCACCGAGCAUCUUCGUUGCCACCUGGCGAAGCAGUUCGAAGAACCCUACGUCGAGUAUGUAGCUGUGCCCAUGAAUUGCAAAAAAUCUAUUGGGCGAAUAUCCGUGCAACAUCCUACCAGAGUUACCUCAGACAUUCUUCGACGGGAGCUGCAAACGUUGGGCCUCUUAGGAGACGGUCCGCCAAAAGACCCGGACUGUGUUGCAAAACUUCUAGAUGCCGACAAAGAGUACUUGAGUCUUUAUGAUCAACAUCCAAUCGUGCUUGAUGCUCUCAAGGCUGGCUUGCCGAAGGAACGUAUCAUCCCUGUUGCUGUUUACUUUGACGGAGUACAGUACAGUAAGAAUGAGAACUUCCUUGGUUUUUACGUUACAAAUCUUCGGACAAAGCGCCAACAGCUCGUCUGGCUGCUCAGACUCUCAGAGCUUUGCUCAUGUGGGUGCCGGGGGUGGUGCUCCGUGUUUCCUUUGCUGGACCACUUUCGGCGAGAUAUGUGUGCCCCUCACAAGGACCUCCGUUCUUGCAUCAUCGACUAUAAAGCAGAUUGGCCUGCCUACAUCGAACUGUGCGGAUUCCGCACAUGGUCGCACAACAAGCACCCGUGUCCACUUUGCACCGUGAACCAAACGAAUUUGCGGGUUCUCGGGACGAUGACUCUUCACAGCUGCCCGCACAGUCUUUUCGACCAGACGGCCUACGAGGAGCUCGUCGCUGCGACCUUUCGAGACACUCACAUCCAAUAUUCCAUGUCCACAAAGCUUUCGUUUUUCAAGGAGAUCGUCGUGCCGGAUGAGGACACGAAACUGCGGAUCAAUGCACUACUUCGCUGCCGGAGGCCUGGUCGAGGCAGAUGCUUGAAGCAGAAAUUUCCUCUUCUGGGUCUCCAAAAGGGCUGGCGGCUUGAGCCGAGCUCUUCCUUGCCAGAUGUCGACGACUUCGCGAAGCAACGCUGCCCGUUCUCUUGUGUUUUCUACACUGGAGGGAAAGAUGGGAGAGUUCUUCAUUUGUCGCCUUUCCUGCAGAUCCCUGGGGUCACGAUGAACACCUGGUGUGUGGAUGUUUUGCACACAUGGCAUUACGGACCUAUGUCCACAUUCAUCGCACAUUCCUUGAGGCAUCUGCUCCGAUCGCCAGUCUACCGGCCAUCGGCAUCUGACCUGGACAAGGAAGAGGCCGACAAACUCGCUUUGUUGACUCUUCGUGCUGAGCUGUGGAGCUACUACAAACGUCUCCGGGAAAAUGACGAAGACGGCAGGUGGCGGAAGAAAGGCACAGAGGUCUGGAACUUGUCCUUGACCAUGCUGGCAGGCAAAUAUAUCAAAGCCAAGGCUGCUGAGACUCACGGGUUGUUGGGUUUCGUGGUCGACAGACUUGACAAGCACGCAAAUCUUUUUCCGUGA